CUUUUUGUUCCACCUUCAAAUUUCUACAGACUCUCCAACACUCUGUCGCUCUGUCUCUCUCUCUCCUCUCUGUUUUCACUUUUCAGAAGUGGAAGGGAAAAAUAGGAGAGCUCGCAAUCCUGCAUGUCUAUGGAACUGGCGGUUGUAUCUGUAUUAUGGCCAAGACGGAGUUAAAUUCAUUUUAUUGGUUACUCUGAAGUUGCUGAAGUUUAGUCCAUCUUCUUUCCAAGGCUCUCUCAAAAGCAAUUGGAGCUUAAUUUCUGAUAUAUUGGCAAUUGGAUUGAAUAGGAGCGACCCAUUUGGAUUUUAAGAGAAAGAAUUGGAAGUAUUGUGGAGAAUGGCAUGCAGAGGUUGCUUGGAGUGCCUAUUGAAGCUUCUUAACUUCUUAUUGAGUCUUGUGGGUCUUGCUAUGGUUGGCUAUGGGAUCUACUUGCUGGUUGAGUACCAAAGAUCUACAAGUAACACCCUUGUGGCUUCACCUGUGAGAGGCGAUGAGAGUUUGAUACAGCUUGGCCGACCCCUGCUCAUGGGUGUUUCUCUGUCCAGUAGUAUUUUUGAUGACCUGCCGAAAGCUUGGUUCAUAUACUUAUUUAUUGGUAUAGGAGUGAUUCUCUUUGUCGUCUCUUGUUUUGGUUGUAUUGGAGCUGUAACACGGAAUGGGUGCUGCUUGAGCUGUUACUCAGUAUUGGUGAUCCUCUUGAUCUUGGUAGAGCUGGGAUGUGCAGCCUUCAUAUUUUUUGACAAAAGCUGGCAAGAAGAAAUUCCGACUGACAGAACUGGAGAUUUUGACAUGAUAUAUGCUUUUCUGAAAGAGCACUGGACAAUUAUAAAAUGGGUUGCUCUUGGUGCUGUUGUUUUGGAGGCACUUCUAUUCUUGUUAGCGCUCGUGGUCAGGGUAGCAAACAGAAAAGUAGAAUAUGACAGCGACGAUGAGCUCAUUGCCCCAAGGCAACAGAUCAGUCAACCAUUGAUCAAUAGGCCACCAAUUCCAGCUGCAGGUGUACCUGUUGCUGGUGCCCUUAAUCAGCGUGCAAUUAGAAAUGAUGCUUGGAGUGCACGCAUGAGAGAAAAGUAUGGGCUUGAUACUUCAGAGUUCACCUACAACCCAUCCGAGUCACAAAGGUUACAGCAAGCUGCCACCCAGCCAGCGGAGGAAAGGAGCCGUUGCAGCAUCAUGUAAUGAGUUAAUAAAUUUUGUUGUGUUGGUCUCUGAAGAGAUCUGUCCUGGACAACUGUGUUGUAAUUUCAAUUUUCUCCAGAGCUGAGCUUUUCUUUCUGUUGAGCUUGGGUACAAUACACAUUUUUCAGUAUCUUUCUUCUUUCCGUACCUUCUAGAUGUGCUGUUAUGAUGUUUUUCUUCUUGUCAUAUGCAUUACCGUCUGGUGUCUGAAACUUGUGCUGCCAUUGACUGUAGUAGGUUUUUCUUAUUGAGUUGCUGAUGAACAAAAUUUCAUUUAACGGAAUUAUGAAUAGAUUCUACCGAGUUUCUUUAA